AAGGGGUACAAGCAUGCUGCGCUUGGCUAUCGUUCCGCCCUUUCUGCCGCAGCGAGCUCGCCCCAACCUCUCGUCGUGCCUGCUCGGCUCAAGCUGCGGAAGCCUCAGACACUAAAAGGGUACAACCGGAGCAUGCCCAGAGGAACCGAUGCCGCGCGCGCGCGCGGGGGCGCCCCGCGCCCGGGGCCAACGACGCUGCACGGGGCUCCCCUCCAUGCCGACGUCGGCGCCUGAGCGCCUGGCACCCGCAGGGCCACCGAGCAGGUCGCCGAGCGUGCUCCGGCCCGACGCCGUGGUGGGCCCCGGGUCCGCUCGGCCGCCGAGAGGACUCGAUCGUGGGCCCCUUCGGCGGCCGUGCCACAGCUCAGGCCGGGUCAUCCGACGAUCACGCCGACGCCGAGUGGCAUCGGAGAGGGGCCCCGGGGGCCCACGGCGGAGGCGAGCACGCC